UCUUAAAAUUGAAUAGAUAAUAUUGAUUUGGCGCGAAGCUGUGAACGAAUGAAGGAUAAGCAAAAAAACAAGGAAAAUACAAAUAUAAUGUUUACAUAAUAGUGAUAACCUUUAAGUUUUAUUUUCAAUAAAAGUAUAUUAGUAACGAACAAAAAAAUGUCUCGUGGCGGAUUACGAUCUAUGACAGAAUAUUUGGAAAUCGCUGAAUAUAACUAUUCAUGGCCUGGAGAAAAUGGUACCUUUCAAGAUUUCGGAUCUGUGAAUUACACAAUGCCAUCGGGACCAUGGUAUUGGCCUUGGUGUCCGCUAUGGAGAGUUCCGCAGCAUCCACUGUUUCAGCUGUCCAAUAUGUUGUUUGUGGCUUCAUAUUGCGCUCCAAGUACAAAAAAAGGCCAACUUUGGAUGCACACAAUUUUAAUUUUUGGUUUCAUGCUGUACUCGAUAUGGGCAUGGCAUGUUAUUUGUUCCCCGGAUGCCUUUUCUUGGAAUUUCGGCUUCGUGUUCUUGAAUCUUGCACAAGUCGUGUACUUAGUGUACGAGAUGCGCCCAGUUAAGUUUGAUCCGGAACUAGAAGAAGUCUACCAUACACUCUUUGAACCAUUUAGAGUAUCAAGAUUGCAGUUUAAGCGGAUGGUUUCGCCAGAUUUCGCACAUAUUAUGUCACUCCAUGCCGGCGAAGCGUAUGCUUUGCAAAACUUAACUAAGACUGAUAGAUUAGGACUUCUACUCUCUGGAAAGGUAAAUGUGAUGAGUGGUCACCAAUUUCUACAUCCGAUUCUUCCUUGUGAGUUUUUGGACUCGCCUGAAUUUGAGUCCAGCAGAGCCACUAUUGACGAAAAAUUUAAGGUGUCAAUAGUAGCUGCAUCAUCAUGUCGAUACGUAUAUUGGCAAAGAAGUUCACUUGAAUAUCUAUUUGUGAAAGAGCCUUACCUUGCUUGCGUGGUGACCACAUUGAUAGCCCGCGAUAUCACUACCAAACUGUAUGCUAUGAAUAAUAAAAUAGUAACAGAGAGGGGAUCCCAUUUAGACAUAAGGUUGCCGAGUAUCUCCCACGCUCUUGCUCGGAGUCCGAGGAGGCUCCGGUCAGCUUCUAAGCCACCACCGCCCACAACAGUCCAGCCGGUUCCACCCGAGAAAAGACCUAAUUGCUGGAGUCGUGAAGCCGAUUCUUUAAUCAACACGAUAAAACGGAACGGUAUGACCACCCCUACCUAUGGCGGAGGAGACGAGGAGCUAAUGCCGUUAGCAGCUCACGAGGCUCCGGCCGCUUCAUCUGACGACCUCUCUAUAGCUGACAGCUGUCCUGAUACUUCCUCCAAAUACCACAGCUGCGAGGCUGUAGAAACUGAUGAUGAACUCAGGCAUUGAGACCGCAAAUUCUAUAUAUUUACCAAAUGUAUAUAAAGCUCUGCUUAGUUUGGGUAUAAUUUGGCUCUCUGCUAUACUUACAGCAAUUUAUUUAUAAAAAAAUAAUUGUACCCAAUUGUUAGAGCAAUCAUGUUAUAAAUGUAAAAAAUACCAUUUAAAUCCGUUCUACUGUUAUGCAUACAAACAGUAUAAUUUUUAGUAAAUUUUACAUUUAUAAUAUUAGUAGGAGUUAACAAGAUUAAUAAAUAAAUAGUAAUAUUGUUUCAAUAUCUAAAAAUAUUAUGAUUAUAUUAUUAGUUUCAUUAGAUACUUACGAGUAUUACUUCACAAUGUAUUAAUCAGUUGGAACUUAUUUUAUAGUAAUGAAUUGUAUUAAAUGAAGACAUAAAUUGCUGAAGGUGAUAUGUCACAUUUUUGGAUUUUCGCUAUUAAAUGCAUGGGCAGGUGACGUACGCGCAUACUAACAAGUAUAAGCUAUAGUAAUAGAUUGUAAACGUAAGUUAGUAUGUACAAAGCAACUCCUGCAUCCAUUCAUAGAAUAGCGAAAAUCCGAAAAUGUGAUCUAUCACCUUCAUCUAUUUAUGUCUUUAAGUUAUAAGACUUGUUCACCUACAUGCCUUUAUUAAUAAAAUGGUAACUUAACAUUAUAUACUCUGAAUAAUAUAUUUAGUUUGAAAGUUAUCUUGUAAGUGAUCAUGGAAGCCUAUUGCAUGUACAAGUCGUAGUAUUCAACGCAAUAUAUAAUGGCUGAUACGUAGAUGACCUUUAUAUCGUUGUACCAAUAACAUGUUGAUAUAUCGUCGAACUCGAUGAAUAUGAAAAGAUUUGAAUGUUUAUGAUAUCAAGUACAUAAAGGAACGAAUAUGGAUAUUCAUUUUGAUCAGAACAUAUUUUGAUAUUAGCAACAAAGAAUGUGAGUGAAAAUGUAUAGUUUUAUUUUUUAAGAAUCUGAAAACAUUUUUAGAUUAUAAUUGCUCCAUGUUUAUUAAAUACAGUUAUAUUUUAUUUUAAGGAGGAUAAAAGAUAAUGUGAAAAUUAAAAUUCAAUAUCUUUUAAAUUAGUAUAGAACUCUUUCUACAAUGCUACUUAUUUCAAGUAGUCGUAGAAUUUAGAAAUGUUAUUAAAAUAUGAAAUGACGAGUAUUAUUAUUAGUACCCGUCCAUUUCAAAAUAUUUUUUUUAGUAAUACAUUAUGUAAAUUUUAAUAUAAAUGUUAUAUUUUAAUAAUGUCUAAUACAAUUUGCAAUUUAUAAAAUUGACAUGUGAUUUAAUAUAAAAUAUUAGUUGUUCCCCGUGGCUUUAGAAUCAGUUAAGUAUUUUAUAUAUUAAGAUAUAAUGUAUCCGUGCACCUAAUUUCAUUGAAAUUUAAAGUGGUUUAAAUCCAAACAUAUUUACAAACUUUCAUAUUUAUAAUGUAAGGAAUAAUUUUAAUUCUCAAAAUUUUAUUAAUAUGACAAAGAUAUUGAUUUGUGAUAUAUUGAUAGUCAUUUUGUUGGAUUUAUAGAUUUUUAAUUUGAUCACAUUUAUAAUUUUAAUAUGAUGGAGCGGUAAAAUAAACUAUAACGUGAUUAUGAUGUAGCAAGUAAUAACCACCACUCUUUUCUAUUACGUUAUUAAUGGCAUUUGCUACUACCCACCGAGUGGACUGUAAAAUAUACCUAUUCUAGGGUUGCCAAUUACUAAAACGUAAUGUUUUUUUUUAAUAUUAUUUAUUUUAUAAAUUAUGCGAAUAGGGACAAUCGGGGAUGGAAAUUUAGACUUUAUAGGGUGGAAAUAUUCAUGAAAUCUGUGACAGAAACAGUCUACUUGAUUACUGAAAACACAGUGACGCUUAUAGGACCUCUUUGAACUCUGAUAUUACUCCUGAGAACCAGGUAACGAGAUUGGUAGACUUGGUAUCUUACUCUUGAACAACGAACGUGAUAACUUCAAGGAGAUAAUUAAACACUAUUUUCUCCAGAAUACUUGGAUUUAUAAUAAUUGGAGAGUUUGAAUCUACGUUAUUUUAAGACAUAGAUUUCACAACAUACCGAAAAAUGUCUUGAAACAAAGUUUAAGUAAUAUAUCUAAUAUUACUACUUCGUACAGUAUGCUUUCAUUCCUUUUAUCUCACAUAUGACUAGGUAUAUAAAAAAAAGAACGCUCCCUGUUUGUUAUUUUAUUGUAUGCGAGUAAACGGAGUAGUUUUUAAAUAAACAAUGUAUUUUAAUAUUAUUGAAAUUCGUUCGUUAAACUGUUAUUUAUAAAUAAAUAACAGUUCAACAAACUUGUAUCUCAAGUCUUUUUUAAUAGUUUGAAAAGAUCGAUUAUAAAAAUGAUAAUUAUAACACUAAAAUGACAUUGCCUAGAAUUAGGACAAAGCCAACCUUGGCAACCCUAGAUAGGCUGUAACUGGACAAACUAAUCAAUCAACUUCUCUCUGUGUUAUCGUUGCGAGUAAAAUAUUUCGAUAAUUUAUGAAGUCACUCAUAUAUAAAUAUAUUAAAUAAUUCUUAUUGUGUUUUGUACACAGUAUUUUUAUAGAAUGAAGAUAAUAAAAUAUAACAUACGAUAUAAUUUUUUGUAGUCGCAACACUUUAAGUUUUAUAAAUGCAGAGUCUCAAAUGAUUAUCUACAUAUAGCUGUAUACUAUCAGGUGCUUGUAAAUGUUUUUUUUUUAUUUAUUAUAUACUACAAGUUACAGUAUUAUUUUGUUCAAACCUAUAUACAAUUAUAUUAACAGGAAAAUAUAUUAUUUCAAAAGUA